CGUGGACUUCUUUCGGCAACGCAAACUCAACGAAGGAGUCUUAGAGAAGUUGAAGAUAUCAUUGCUGUCCGUGAAUGCACUGCUUGAAGACGCGGAGGAAAAACAACUUACAAAGCCUGCUGUGAAACUGUGGCUCGAUGACUUGAAAGAUGUUGUCUAUGAUGCAGAAGACACCUUGGACGAGAUAGCCACCGAAGCCUUGCAACAUAAGUUGGAUGUUGAAUUCCAAACCACUUCAAGUAAGGUACACAACUCUAUCUCUAAGUUUCUUAGUAAUUUUAACAAAGAGAACCAAAAGAUAAAAGAGCUACUUGACAAACUAGAAUAUUUAGUUAGACAAAAGGAUGUUCUAGGUCUGAAAGAAGGUUCUGGAGGAGAAUCAGUAAAGAGACGCGCCAGCACUUCUUUGGUUGAAGAAUCUGGUAUUUUUGGUAGGGAUGAUGAUAAGGAAAAAAUAAUAAACUUGUUACUCUCAAAUGAUGCAAGCAGCAAUGAAAAUUUGUGUGUGAUUCCCAUAGUGGGCAUGGGGGGAAUUGGCAAGACCACCCUUGCUCAGCUUGUAUACAAGGACAAUAGGGUGAAGGAACAUUUUGACCUUCAAUCAUGGGUAUGUGUUUCAGAUGAUUUUGAUGUGUUUGGGGUAACUAAAACAGUUCUAGAGUCAGUGACGUCGUCAACUUGUGAUAUAAAGGAUCUAAAUCUGCUUCAAGUUAAACUACAACAGAAAUUGAUGGGGAAGAAAUUCCUACUUGUUUUAGAUGAUGUUUGGAAUGAGAAUUAUGCUGAUUGGGAGAUCUUAAGUAAUCCUUUUAAAAUUGGGGCACCAGGAAGUAUAGUAAUUGUAACCACACGCAGUUGCAAUGUUGCAUCAAUCAUGAACGCUCUUCCAAUUGAUCGUUUAAAGCCGUUAGUCGAAGGAGAUUGUUGGUCACUAUUUGCAAAAUAUGCAUUCCAUGAUGACGAAUUUGAUCUGAGCAAGGGUGGUCUUGCCAAUUCCCCCCAUGCCCACUAUGGGAAUCACACACAAAUUUUCAUUGCUGCUUGCAUCAUUUGA